UGCACAGUCAUUAGUUCCGCAUAUUGACGAGUUUCGUGAUUAUUUUCGAUUUUUGGAUUAUGAUAUUAUUGCUAUUUCUGAAUCUUGGCUCUCGUCAUGUGUUGUUGAUGCUCAAGUCUACCUUCCUGAGUUCCACCUACUCCGUAAUGACCGGAAGACACGUCAUGGUGGAGGUGUUUUACUAUUUAUACGUGAUACAUUAUCAUCAAGAAUUAUUUGCUGUUCUUCUAAUCUACUAGAUGGUCAUCCAGAGUAUAUUAUUGCUGAAGUGUGGUCUACGUAACGUAAUAAAAUUUUAAUUUCGGUAAUUUAUCGUCCUCCGAACACUGCUUUACUAAAUAAUUUUGAAAAUGACUUCAGUGAUCUCUUUAUGUUUUAUAAAAACAUUGUUAUUAUGGGUGAUUUAAAUAUAAAUAUGUUGUCUAAUUCUAAUUUGUCAGCGCAUUUGAUUGACUUUUGCAAUUCAUAUAAUUUGUCCAUUGUUCCGUUCAGAGCGACACAUCAUACUGCUACGUCUCACACAUGGAUUGAUCAUUGUAUAAUUAAUGACAUUAAUAAUUUGGUUAAUUCGUGUCAAUCGGAUGUGCCUUUUCUCUCUGGACAUGACAUUAUUAGUAUGACUUUUAAUUUUAGUGUUCCUAGGCAUUCUCCGUUGACAUUCCGUCAUCGAAAUUGGAGUCUUAUUAGUAGUGAGUCAAUAGCUGAUAAAGUCAAUAAUUCGUCAGUCCUAUUCUGUGAUAAUUAUUUGUCAGUUGAUGACAGUGUUUCUCAUUUAAAUCAGAAUGUAUUGCAUAUUAUUGACUCCAUUGCUCCUGAGCGUGUGAUAAAAAUAACUUGUCCGCCUGCUCCUUGGAUAUCUGAUGACAUUCGUGAUUUGCAGCAUCGCAGAGAUAAACUGUAUAGAAUUUAUCGUAGAUCUGGUUAUGCAUAUAAGGAGUACUGCAAUGUCCGUCGUCUUGUAAAGAAGCGGAUUAUUGAAGCUAAGAAGAAUUAUUUGCAAGACCAUUUUAAGCAUGCUAAGUGUCCAAAAGCCAUUUGGAAUGACUUCAGAAAACUGGUUCUAGGUGCGAUUGUGAUAAUUAUCAAGAUGUCUGUGUAAAUGAUAGCAAUUCCACGAAUCAGUUUAAUUUUAUUGAAAUUACUAAGGAAGAUAUUAAGAGAAAUAUGAAGCGCAUCACUACUACAGCUGUUGGUCCAGAUGGUCUUUCCAUUACUUAUUACAAAGUACUACAGCAAAUUUUACUGCCAUCAAUUGCUAAUUUAUUUAAUAUUUCUCUGAGGACAUACCAGUUUCCGAAGCAAUGGAAGAAGUCUAUUGUGUUACCUUUGCCUAAAGUGAGGUGUCCGCAGUCUUGUGAUGAUUAUAGACCUAUUUCAAUCUUGUGUCCUUUAUCAAAAGUUUUGGAGCGUUGUGUACACGAUCAACUCAUUUACUACAUUAAAGUAAAUAAUUUGUUGGAUCCUUAUCAGACGGGUUUCCAAGAGGGAAUGAAUACUCAAACUGCAGUGAUCCGACUAUGUGAUGAUAUUCGCUUUGCAAUUAAUGGCCGCAAGGUUACUGUUGCUGUUUUCUUUAAUUUCAGCAAGGCGUUUGACUGUGUUGAUCAUAGUUUGUUGUUAUUUACGCUUAAGAACUUAAAUCUAUCGUCAGGAGCUCUAUUAUGGAUAGAAUCGUAUUUAUCUAACAGAACCCAAGCUGUUAAGCAUGGAGAUAGUUUAUCUUCUUAGCAGUGUUUUUUAGAGCGGUGUCCCGCAAGGUAGUGUGCUUGGGCCACUUCUGUUUUCGUUAUUUGUCUCAGGGUUAGGUCUACAGAUUAAAUGCAAGCAUCUCUUUUAUGCAGAUGACUUGUUUGUUUACAUAUCCUGUUUAAUGUCUGACUCAAACGAUGCAGUGUUAAAAUUAAAUCCGGACGUCAAUUUGGUAGUUGAGUGGUGUUCUAAUAAUUUUUUAAAGCUAAAUGCUUCAAAGACUAGGUCAAUUAUAUUUGGUUCCCCUCAGCAUGUAAAUGAUCCUGCUUGUAUUGCUGCUCGGAAAAUUAUGAUUGGUGAUACUGUUUAAAAAAAAAAAAAAAAAAAAAACCCGAGCGACACAUCAGUUUUAAAUCUAAAUUCAGACAUGGCGCCAUCUUUUGAUUUUUAUAAGAACUCUAACGGCACCCCUGGUAUUCGCGCCUGCGUUUAGCUCGCACAUGCGCCCAGAAACAUCUAGUAACAGAACAGUCUGGAUAAAAAUUCUAAAUCUUGCUGAGUUUAAUUAAAAGUCAGUUAAUUAAGAUAAAAAAUAAAUUAAUAUAAAAUCUAAUUUCACUCUUUUAUACAAUUAAUACUUUUUAUCCAGCACAAAGGUGAAUUCGUAAAAAAGAAGUCUCUCGAACCCGAUCGAGAAUCUUCCGGCGGACAAUUCUCGAAACUCGUCAGUCAAGUAUAUAAGCCAGAGCGCCUGGCGCUGCGAGUCAGUCUUAAAUUUAAACGAGUACUAUAAGCAUCGUGCAAUUAACUAAAAUCAUCUCCUAUAAGUAAAGUAUUAUUAAUCUAAGUGGGAGCAAUUAAUCCAUCAAUAAGAAAAUCAUCUUAAUUGUGUGAUAAAGAAAAAACUAAUCUAGAGAAAAUCAACUUUCGGUGACUUCUAGACAAGAAACUCAUCUUGUUCAAGGCUCGCUCUUUCGUUUCACCCUGCUAGGUGGCCUACAAGCUUCCUUGCAGUACAUGCUCGAGAAAAUCAUCGUACCCAAGGCCCGGCUGAUCAGCACCUUGUAAGGUACAUCUACAGGCUUCCUUGAACAAAUUCUAGAAGUCUCUUCCUGUCAAUAGAGUCAGCAUCUCUUUCUCUGAGAGUUUGUGGCGUUAAGACAGCGUUCCAGUCGUCCGUAUAAACUCAUAAACUACAUUGAUUAGUUGCUAAGUGAAACUAUAAUCAAUAAAAUACUUGUGUUCAUUUAUAAUUAAAGUGUCAAUAAAAUCUAUUAAAAACUGACUCUCUACCUCUUGUUAUUUAACAGAUACAGUUACUGACUACUCUGUCUCUGUUAAAUAUUUAGGUGUUAUUUUGGAUAAUAUUCUUUCAUGGCAUGAUUAAGUUAUUGCAAUGUGCAAUCGAUCAAUGUAUUGCCUAGCGCGAUUGAAAAUGAACAGUGACUUAUUUAAUCUUCCUAUGCGUAGAAGAUUAGUUGCAGCAACUAUUUUGCCUAUUUUUGAUUACUGUACAGUGGCCUACACUGACAUGUCAGGCACUCUACGAAAAAAGCUGCAGCGAAAAUUCAAUGCCUGCAUCAGGUUCAUUUACAGACUGGCGAGAUAUGAGCAUAUUACUCCAAGCAGAAGGUCACUUGGUUGGCUGACAUUAUCAGGUCGGCGUGAGUUUCUGAUUGCUUGCUCUGUUUAUAAGAUGCUGAGAUUACAUCAUGAUAGAAUACUACUGCAAGACUUCAGUGUUUUAACUUCAGUUCGUGCACGUUCUCUUAGACAAACUGACGUAUUAAGUUUACCAUAUGCUCAGACGGUUACAUUUGACAACUCGUUUAUUGUUACGGCAGUUAGAGUGUGAAAUCAAUUACCGGAGGAGAUUGUUACAAUUAUUGAUUACAAUGAAUUUCGAUCAAAAUGUUAUAUGUUUUUUAUAGAUAAAGAUAAUCAAUAAUUGUAAUUCCUGUACAUUCCAAAUUUUAUGUUAACUAUUGUCAUUUGUACACAGCAAAUUAUAAUUGAUCAACUUGCUUUGAGACAACGUAACUUAUUAUUGCCCUUGUAAUUUUUACAAUUAUUUGUUAUUGGCAAUAUUAUUAUUAUUAUUAUUAUUAUUAUUAUUAUUAUUAUUAUGAAAUUUAUUUU